UAUAUACCAUUGUCAUCACCCUCCAUUUCUCACUAGAAUCAUAUCCACCACCUCCCUCUGCCAUGGAAGCCAGUGCCGGUCUUGUCGCUGGUUCGCAUAACCGGAACGAGCUCGUCGUCAUUCAUGGCCAUGAAGAGCAUAAGCCAUUGAAGGAUUUGAGUGGACAAGUUUGUGAGAUAUGUGGGGAUGAAAUAGGACUAACAGUGGAUGGUGAUCUCUUUGUGGCCUGCAAUGAGUGUGGUUUCCCUGUGUGCCGGCCGUGCUACGAGUAUGAGAGAAGGGAAGGAACUCAACAGUGUCCACAGUGCAAGACCAGAUACAAACGUCUCAAAGGGAGUCCAAGGGUGGCGGGAGAUGAAGAUGAGGAAGAUAUUGACGAUAUUGAACACGAAUUCAAAAUUGAUGACGAGCAAAACAAGAAUAGAAAUAUUGUUGAGACCAUUCUCCAUGGUAAGAUGACCUAUGGAAGAGGACCAGAAGAUGAAGAUUCCGCUCAGUACCCUCCUGUCAUUGCUGGAAUCCGCUCACAUCCGGUUAGUGGUGAAUUCCCGAUAUCAAGUCAUGCAAACGGAGAGCAGAUUUUGGGAUCUUCCCUUCACAAAAGGAUACAUCCGUAUCCAGCUUCCGAACCUGAAAGUGCAAGAUGGGAUGAUAAGAAAGAGGGAGGGUGGAAAGAAAGAAUGGAUGAUUGGAAAUUGCAGCAAGGAAAUCUGGGGCAAGACUAUGAUGACUAUGCUGACCCUGAUAUGGCCAUGGUGGAUGAAGCAAGACAGCCUUUGUCAAGAAAAGUGCCAAUAGCAUCAAGCAAGAUAAAUCCUUACCGGAUGGUGAUUGUGGCUAGGCUGUUUAUUCUGGCCAUCUUCCUUCGUUACAGAAUUCUGAAUCCAGUGCAUGACGCGAUUGGUCUCUGGCUAACUUCUAUCAUCUGUGAGAUCUGGUUUGCCUUCUCUUGGAUCCUUGAUCAGUUCCCCAAAUGGUUCCCAAUCGACCGUGAGACUUACCUUGAUCGUCUCUCUCUCAGGUAUGAGAGGGAAGGAGAACCAAACAUGCUAGCCCCCGUCGAUAUAUUUGUCAGUACAGUGGAUCCUAUGAAGGAACCUCCUCUUGUUACGGCUAAUACUAUCCUCUCAAUAUUAGCAAUGGAUUACCCUGUUGACAAAACUUCAUGCUACCUAUCUGAUGAUGGAGCUUCAAUGUGCACCUUCGAAGCACUAUCAGAAACUGCAGAAUUUGCUAGAAAAUGGGUACCCUUCUGCAAGAAGUUUGCUAUAGAGCCUCGAGCACCAGAGUUUUACUUCUCUCAAAAAAUCGAUUAUCUCAAGGACAAAGUCCAGCCAACAUUCGUUAAGGAGAGACGAGCAAUGAAGAGAGAGUAUGAAGAAUUCAAGGUAAGAAUCAAUGCACUAGUUGCCAAAGCAACUAAAAUGCCUCCGGGAGGGUGGAUCAUGCAAGAUGGAACACCAUGGCCGGGAAAUAAUACAAGGGACCAUCCCGGUAUGAUUCAAGUCUUUUUAGGCCAAAGUGGAGGAACUGACGUGGAAGGAAAUGAACUCCCUCGUCUUGUUUAUGUUUCUCGUGAAAAAAGGCCUGGUUUCCAGCAUCACAAAAAGGCUGGUGCUAUGAAUGCCCUGGUUCGUGUUUCAGGAGUUCUUACCAAUGCACCAUUUAUGCUUAACUUGGACUGUGAUCACUACCUUAACAACAGCAAGGCUGCCAGAGAAGCCAUGUGCUUCUUAAUGGACCCACAAAUGGGCAAAAAAGUUUGCUUCGUCCAGUUUCCUCAAAGAUUUGAUGGAAUAGACAGGCACGAUAGAUAUGCCAACCGAAACACAGUCUUCUUUGAUAUUAACAUGAAAGGCCUAGACGGAAUACAAGGUCCAGUAUAUGUUGGCACAGGAUGUGUAUUCAGAAGGCAGGCUUUAUAUGGCUACAAUCCUCCUAAACGUGCCAAGCGUCCAAGAAUGGUCAGCUGUGACUGUUGCCCAUGUUUCGGACGCAAAAAGAAGCUUGAUAGUUAUAAAUGUGAAGUCAAUGGAGAUGCAGCAAAUGCUCAAGGUCAUAUUACUAAAAUUUUAUGUUUCAACUUUCAAGAUAACCUAAGCAGCUUGUUUAAUAAGAUCCUCUUGAGAUUAUUUUUUCCCUUAUUUUCUUUUUCUUUUUUCUCCUCAGGAUUUGACGAUGACAAAGAGCUAUUAAUGUCCCAGAUGAAUUUUGAAAAGAAAUUUGGCCAGUCAGCAAUUUUUGUGACUUCAACUUUAAUGAUUGAAGGUGGGGUCCCUCCUUCAUCGAGCCCAGCAGCCUUGCUAAAGGAAGCAAUCCAUGUGAUCAGCUGUGGCUAUGAAGACAAAACAGAAUGGGGUUUGGAGCUGGGUUGGAUUUAUGGCUCUAUCACAGAGGAUAUCUUAACAGGUUUCAAGAUGCACUGCCGUGGUUGGAGAUCAGUUUACUGUAUGCCUAAAGUAGCUGCGUUUAAGGGGUCUGCUCCCAUCAACCUGUCAGAUCGUCUCAACCAGGUGCUUCGAUGGGCUCUUGGUUCCGUUGAGAUCUUUUUCAGUCGUCACAGCCCAGUUUGGUAUGGCCACAAGGGGGGAAAACUUAAGUGGCUUGAACGAUUAUCAUAUGUUAACACAACCGUUUACCCCUUCACUUCCUUACCUCUCCUUGCCUACUGUACUCUCCCUGCUGUCUGCUUGCUCACUGGAAAAUUCAUAAUGCCAGAGAUAAGCACCUUUGCAAGUCUCUUUUUCAUCGCUCUUUUCCUCUCAAUCUUUGCAACGGGAAUUCUCGAGCUAAGGUGGAGUGGAGUAAGCAUUGAGGAAUGGUGGAGAAAUGAGCAAUUUUGGGUGAUUGGAGGGAUAUCUGCCCACCUUUUUGCAGUAGUGCAAGGUCUUCUCAAGAUUUUGGCUGGCAUAGAUACCAACUUUACUGUGACAUCUAAGGCAACAGAUGAUGACAACUUUGGAGAGCUAUAUGCCUUCAAGUGGACUACUCUCCUUAUUCCUCCAACGACGAUUCUCAUAAUCAACUUGGUUGGGGUUGUAGCCGGAAUCUCUGAUGCCAUCAACAACGGAUACCAAUCGUGGGGUCCCCUGUUCGGAAAGCUUUUCUUUGCUUUUUGGGUCAUUGUUCAUUUAUAUCCAUUCCUCAAGGGUCUUAUGGGUAGGCAGAACAGGACCCCAACCAUUGUCGUCAUAUGGUCAAUACUUUUAGCCUCCAUCUUUUCCUUGCUGUGGGUUCGAAUUGAUCCAUUUGUGCUCAAAACCAAGGGACCAGAUGUCAAGCAAUGUGGACUUAACUGCUGACGUGCUUGCUCAUACUUCUCUUCGGAGCACAUCCCUCAAAGUGGAGUAUGCAAACAAAAGAAUAAACCUAGUGUGAGAAGUUUUGUUUAGUGUACAAAUUGUACUCGAUUUUGCAUAUGGCUAAAUGAAAGUAUUUGAACAAUCUGCUAA